AUGGAUCUAAAUGGAUGUAUACGAAUCGUUGCUCAAACGUUAACAGAUGAUGAUUCUACAGAAAAUUAUGAAUGGAUAUUGAGGUGCACAUUAGCUGCUUCUGAUGAAGAACCAAAAACGAUUAUCACUGAUACGUUGCUGUUAAAAUGUCAAAAUUCUUUAUUAGAGGAAAUUUUUCUACAAUGUUGGCAUAAUUUAAUAAAGGAUUAUCCAGAAAUUGUUGAUUAUUUAACCAAUACGUUAUAUGAAAACAGAAAUUAUUGGGCAAAGGCUUUUGUCGUUGAAAUUUUUACGGCAAAUCUGGAUUCCAUUUUUCAAAUUGAAGUGAUCAAAAGUUUCAUACUUGCCAAUUUACAAAGUCCCAUAUUUGAUUUGAUUGAUCACAACUUGAGCAUUUUAAACAAAUUUAUGUUCAGGAAAUGA